CUCCGCGACAGCGUUAGGGUACAAUUUUCCUGUACGUAAGCGGCACAUGACAGUCUAUGAAGUUCACCAAUGGUUGGCCCCCGAAAUAGUUGCCGAAUCCAAUCUGGCGUGAUAUUGUUUGACACGCGCUGUAAUUUGAAGAUCUAGAAGGGUUGAAUAUUAAAAAGGCAAAACCUGCUUAUAGUGGAACCAGGUUUCGGUCUUCACCAUCCCUUUAUGAAAAAUAGAGAAGCGUACGUUGAGCAUAUUCCAAUUUCCAAAAUCUGAACAUAAAAAGCAAACGGUUCGGCCGAUUUACGCCGAGCACUAAAUCGAAGCGUUUUUUUUUUCGUCAGAAUCUCAGUUCUCUUCCGGUAUUCUUCCGUUUCGAUUUUUGUAUUAUAAUCGGAGAAUAUGCAUUCGAGUCACUUGCUUCUCGAGGAGCCGAUAAGGAUGGCUUCAAUUCUGGAGCCAUCAAAAGCUAGUUUCUUUCCUGCAAUGACGAAGAUUGUGGGAACUUUAGGCCCUAAGUCUCGAUCCGUUGAGAUUAUUUCUGGCUGCCUUAAGGCUGGAAUGUCUGUGGCUCGGUUCGAUUUUUCAUGGGGUAACCCAGAGUAUCACCAGGAGACACUUGAAAACUUGAAGGCCGCUGUUAAAACCACUAAGAAGCUUUGUGCUGUUAUGCUGGACACAGUGGGCCCUGAAUUGCAGGUUGUUAACAAAAGUGAGAACUCCAUUUCACUACAGGCAGAUGGUGUUGUUGUAUUAACACCAAAUCAAGAACAGGAAGCCUCAUCAGAAAUUUUGCCUAUCAAUUUUGAUGGGCUAUCCAAGGCAGUGAAACCAGGAGACACCAUUUUUGUUGGUCAGUACCUAUUUACUGGAAGUGAAACUACGUCUGUGUGGCUGGAGGUUUCUGAGGUGAAGGGUGAUGAUGUGGUUUGCGUAAUAAAGAACUCUGCCACUUUGGCAGGGUCAUUGUUCACUCUACAUGCCUCUCAAAUUCGCAUUGGCAUGCCUACUCUUUCUGAUAAAGACAAGGAGGUUAUAAGUACUUGGGGAGUUCAAAACAAAAUUGACUUUCUCUCACUCUCUUACACCCGACAUGCAGAAGAUGUUCGUGAGGCUCGUGAGUACCUCUCUAAGCUUGGUGACCUUGGCCAGACACAAAUUUUUGCUAAGAUUGAAAAUGUGGAGGGAUUAACCCAUUUUGAUGAGAUCUUGCAAGAAGCUGAUGGGAUCAUCCUUUCCCGUGGGAAUUUGGGCAUAGAUCUCCCACCUGAGAAGGUGUUCUUAUUCCAGAAAGCUGCCCUUUACAAGUGUAACAUGGCUGGGAAGCCUGCAGUGGUUACUCGAGUUGUGGACAGUAUGACUGACAACCUGAGACCAACUCGUGCAGAAGCAACUGAUGUUGCCAAUGCUGUGUUGGAUGGAAGUGAUGCAAUUCUUCUUGGUGCUGAGACUCUUCGGGGACUAUAUCCUGUUGAAACCAUUUCUACUGUUGGCAAAAUUUGUGCUGAGGCAGAAAAAGUUUUUAAUCAAGACUUGUAUUUCAAGAAAACGGUCAAAUAUGUUGGAGAACCAAUGACCCACUUGGAAUCUAUUGCUUCCUCUGCGGUACGAGCAGCUAUUAAGGUGAAGGCAUCUGUCAUUAUUUGCUUCACUUCAUCAGGAAGGGCUGCCAGAUUGAUUGCCAAAUAUAGGCCCACAAUGCCAGUUCUGUCUGUUGUCAUCCCCCGGCUUAAGACAAAUCAACUGAGAUGGAGCUUCAGUGGGGCCUUUGAAGCAAGGCAAUCACUCAUUGUCAGAGGUCUCUUCCCUAUGCUUGCUGAUCCACGACAUCCUGCGGAAUCUACGAGUGCAACAAAUGAAUCUGUCCUGAAGGUUGCUCUUGAUCAUGGAAAGGCCUCAGGAGUUAUUAAGUCUCAUGACAGGGUAGUUGUUUGCCAGAAAGUUGGAGAUGCAUCUGUGGUUAAAAUUAUUGAGCUUGAAGAUUAAAAUCAUUCUCUUCUAAAGCCAUAUAGGGGCAUGUUUUCUACACUUCUGACAGUAGGAGGUGGAUUCUACUGUAACCUGCGAGGUUUCUAUCUCUCUCCAGGUUUUUUAGACAGACUUGUGUUUUGGAAUGUAUUAAGAAUGUACGCUGGCAAUUAAUUUUUGCCCAUUAUGAAUGCCAUGGCAGGCAGAUCUAUGUUUUCCAUUCAGCCAGAAGUUUUUGAGUUGGUUUGCUUCUUGGCUUUAUACUCCAAUCCAUUCUUUAGUGGAAAGUUUUUGACUUCUUGACUUCUCUAAAAA